UACACCUUUGAAAAACUCAUUUGUUUUUUUUUAAUAUAUUAUGGCUACAAAAUUAAAAAAGGAACAUAUUGAAAAAUUAAUAAAAAUAAUAAAACGGUGGAAUUCAGAUCGAUUAGAUCUAUUCGAAAUAUCAUUGCCAAAUGAGAACGGAGAGUUUUUUGGCGUGAUGAGAUUUUACUUCCAGGAAGAGGGAGCCAAAGUCGCCACCAAAUGCAUCAGGGUAACCAGCACGGCCACCACGUUGCAAGUCAUCAAUACUCUAAUCGAAAAAUUCCGACCUGACAUGAGAUUAUUAUUAUCGUGUCCCUUGUAUUCGUUAUACGAAGUGCAUAUCAACGGAGAUGAAAGAAAAAUAGAAGACGACGAAAAACCUUUACUCGUUCAACUUAAUUGGAACAAAGAUGACAGAGAAGGUCGUUUCUUACUCAAACGGGAGGAUGAUAAAACCAAACCCACUGGUUUAGAUGAUUCUUACUACAGAGGUCGCGAGGUUAAGACAUUUCUAAACCACUCUGUCAUAGAAAACAGCGACAUGACUCCCCAGCGAUGUGAUACUGUCAACAAGAACAACCAUAAUCAUUCCUUUUUCUCAUCCUUCUCCUCCGCCACCCUUUUCCAUAAUCACGACUCUGAAAAAAAUCGUGCGAAAUUGCUCGAAAAUAAUAACGUAUCCCCUAAUAACGACAAUAGCGGAAUUUACGAUCCCGUUGAGAUGGCUCGAAAUAUGGAAGCCGAAACGGUGGAAAAAAAUGGCAAAGAACGUAACACCACCACGAGGAAGUCUAAAAAAAAAAAAGAAAAAUCAACUAAAAACGGAACACCUAUUAAAACGGUGGCAAAUGAAAAAGACGUUAAAAUAAGCGAUAAAUUAUACGAGGCCAUGCCAGAAACUUCCUUUACCAGGAGCAUUUCUAACCCCGAAGCGGUUAUGAGACGGCGACGCCAACAAAAGCUGGAGAAAAAACUGAGACUUAUUAAGGCUAUCGGUAAAAAUCAAAACAAUACUAACGGCAAUAUUGGGAACACGAAAAAUGAUCCUGGAAAAUUUGAUAAUUAUGCCAGCACUUUUAGCAAAAAUGAAGGCGGUGGUAUAAAGAAUGGGAUCUUAGCUAAUGGAGGUGGAAUGUUAAAGAUUUACGGGGAAUCACUGAAGCCAGGCAUACCUUACAAAACUCUGCUACUCGCUACAAAUGAUACGGCUAGCUAUGUUGUUAGAGAAAUUCUCAAUAAAUAUGGCAUGCCAGACCACGAACCUUCUGAUUAUUGUUUGUUCAAGGUUCAGAUACCUCUGAUUAAGGAUGGCGAGAGUGAAAGAAUAUAUGACAUAACUUCGAAUUGUCAAAAUUUUAAAAGCCAGUACAUUCUCGAAGAUCAGGAGUCUCCCCUUGCACUUUUACAUCAAGGAGCCCUCACUAGAAAAAACGAGAACGAAUUGUUUUACAUCGGGCUACGACCUAAAGAAUAUCGAGAAAUAAUCGCCAAACAGAAUCAAAAUAAGUCGCAACAUUUACUUCACGACGCCUCAUUUUAUUCCGUCCCCAAUCCUAGUUUCUUGAAUAAGACUCUUAACCCAGCCAUUUUGGAUAGAUCUUCUCUUAAUCGCGAAAAUGGCUCCAAUACCUGUUUCAAUGUUAUCAGCUCCGAAAGUAACCGUAACCUUCACAAUAAUAUGACAGAUAAUACGCUCGUUUUAAAUGACAGCAUCUCGAUACUAUACGACAAAAAGCAUUCCAAUAAGGAUACUCAACGAUCACCCGUCGAACAGAAUUUAAAUCUAUCCAAGGAAUGGCAUCAUCCUGUGUUGAUUGAACUUAAUCCUGAUAACACCGAGAUCACGCACAGAAGUCCUAUUAUACAUCAUCUUAUUUCAAACGUUAUCGAAAUUGGGUGCGAGUAUCCUACCGAUUCUGGCGCAAUAUACUUACAAUUAAAAGGCGAUGGGAUAUUUCCCAAACACUGUAUUCUAACAUCCACUUCCAACAAUGUAUAUUGCACCCCGUGCAAGCCGGAAGCUCUGAUAUUCAUUAACGGAAUCUUUAUCAGGGAAAGCACUUUACUCAAACCCGAUUCGUGUAUUAAAUUUGGGAUUAACCAUUCUUUCAGAUUCUUGGUUCCUAAAUCUUCUCACGAUAGCAAUGGUGGAACACCUCGUUUAAGAAAUUAUUCCCUUUCGUCUCAACAAAGUUUACCAAUAUCCCAUAACAAAAGCUCGUCCAACGUCGAAGAAUUAAAUUAUGAUGAUUCGAUAAAAGGAAGGGCUCACGAAAUAGAUCAUCACAAGCAAUCUACCCUACAAGGAUCUCCGUCACCUGCCUCCAACGUUUUUAAAUUUCUGAAUCACGUUAAGCAAAACGAAAAUUUACCCGCGUUUUUAGACAUAUCUCCUGAUGUCACCGAAGAUACCAUCCUAAAAACCAUAUUCUUUCCUGCCGAUCUACUCAAAUCUCAAGAAGAUGGAGACGAUAAAAAUGAUUUGUCUCAUCAUCAAUCGCAAGAACCUAAUAACGCCAUUUCUUUCGCUUGGAACUCUUCCUUUAAACUUUCCCCCGCCUAUUUGGUCUACCUAUGUUGUCGGCAUUAUUAUUAUACCUCGAAGAGGGUGGAAUAUAUUCACCCUGCCGGUCAUAGGCUCGAACCUUUUAUGGCAAAGAUGUGCCUCGUCGUUUCCUCUUGCAUGGAAUCUCAUCGCGACAACCCCAUCAUACUAACCUUUUGGACAGCUAACUUAUCGGAAAUCAUAUAUUGCUUGACCAAAGAUAAGGGGCUCAUGCCCUUUCUGACUCCACAAACUCAGAAUAUCCUAAAAACGUGCAUGAUUUCAGCGUUUAAAUACCUUACUCGUAAAUUGUGCUUAGACAUCGCUACCCUCCUGCCCUACCUUUUUCAGCCGCCAAAUAAUGCUGGGCUUAAUAAUAAUGGCCAAAGUUCUAAUUCUCUUAUCAAAGACGCGAAUAGUAGUAGCAUUGUCAAGGAAUAUGAUGAACCGUUUAUCCGAUCCUCUUGCUCUCCCCUCCUCAAAACUUUGACAUCUCUUAUGAACAUGCUAAAACAACACCGUCUUAACGCCUCCAUAACCAUUCAAAUAUUCACCCGCAUAUUUCAAUUCGUUGAAGCUUGGACCAUCAACUCGAUAUUUAGCCAUUCUUGUGCGCUAUAUUUCGGUUCGUCUAACCACAUGGGACCAGUUCUUAGGCUUAAUUACAAUCAGGGUCACAACACUCAUUGCAACGAAACUGAUAUCCUUCUAAAUAAUUUUCCUUAUUCUAGAGAUUGGGGAAAUAUAUUGAGCUUUAGGAUCGAGGAGAUUUAUAAAUGGUCGGAGAUCCACGGCUUAGAGCUUUCAGCUGAGAACCAACUUGUUAGGAUUGUUCAGAUACUGAAGCUUCUUAAGAUGCCCAAAUACCACUUGCAAGAUUUGCCUCAAAUAACUUCUACGUGCUUUAAUUUGAACUCCUUGCAAAUCUACACUAUAAUGACGAAUUAUCGAUAUUCGCCCGGGGAACCCCUUAUUCCUAAUGAACUGGUGGAGAGGGUUGUCAACAUAGCUCACAACACAACUGACGAAUUACUUAAGAGAGAAACUACCUGUCCUACCAUUGACCCCGUCAAUCUGUUAAUCAAUGAUCCUUAUUGUGACACACAAAUCAUGAAAGGAGACAAAGAUAAGGAAACAAACAAUGACUCGAUUGACAAAGAAAUAAUGGAUGGCAAAGUCAAUUUCAUGUUCCCCGAGGAUGGAUUUUCUUUUGACGCUGUUAAAAAUGUGCCGGGUGGUCUUUUAGGAUUAAUUCAACGAUUCUUGACCGAGAAGGGAUUAGCUCAAUUAAUUAUUUUGCCACCUACUCUUAAUCGCGAUGGUAGUUGGAACGUUCACUUCAACUCCAGAAGUUCAUUUAAUCUGUCUGACAUUUCUCUCAUAUCCGCUACACACUAUCAAAAAGAACAUCUCAACUCGGAUUCGGAUAAGCAGGAUUUUAAGCUUGAUUUAAGUUUGUCACCACAGCUUAACCUCGCUAACGUUAAAACAGUGACAAUAACCAAAACUGACAAAUGUCUUGGACUCAGUAUUGUAGCUGCUCAGACUUCUCCCCUCUCAGAAUUGGGUAUAUACGUCAAAGCCGUUGUUCGUGGGGGUGCCGCUCAAUUAGCAGGGGCGCCUAGCGCUGGAGAUCGAAUUUUGACGGUUAACGGGAUUUCUUUGAUUGGUGUUGAUGAAGAAAUCGCCGCGAAAAUUAUGACACGAGCCGGUCCUGUUAUAACCCUUAGUUACGUUAGGGAUGCGAGGGGUCCCAGUGGAUCCAUUCUCAAUGGUAGUAUAGCAGGCGAUGAUACGGCUGCACUGUCUCCCAGAUCUGGGAGAGGUUCAAACCGCGCCUCUUAUCAAUACAAUACUUUAUCGAUUGCCAAUGGAUCUAAAACUACUCAACAACCCAUCAUGAACGAUCAUUUCGUUUACUCUUCCCAUUUCAACUCAUCUUACGAUUUAAAACAAUCAUCGGCUACGCUACCUCCCAAAUCUACCAGACCACUAUCCCACCAUAUCAAUGUUAAUAGCCCUCAGCCUUAUAAGAUUAAAUUUAGUAACGACAGGGUACAGUUUGGUCAUCAAUCUAAUCCUAAUAAUAAUAAUAGUAGCGACUUGAUCGCUCAAGGCAAAAUGAAUGCAGGUUUCAUGAACACCUUAAUGACGAAUAGCCUUAGUAUUAACGAGUCGUCACAUUUAAAAUCCAAUAUUACCGCCAAUAGUUCGACGAGUAAAGAUUUCCAGCCUCCUAUUGGUUCUUACCCAAUAUUCGCUAACAGUCCAAUCAGUUUCAACAAUAAUAAUAACUCUCCUAUUCCUUACUCCAAGCCUUCAUUCACUUUCGCUAACAAUCAUAAAGUUUUACCUCUUGGUUACUCGCAUCGGCAUACCAAGAGCUACAGCCCAGCGAUAGAUAAUCAACAUCCGAGCGUGAACGCGUCUAAAAAUCCGCCAUAUGAUUUAGGAAAUUAUCCUUGCAUUAAUUAUGGCAAUAAUUAUUAUAAAGUGGCCGUCCUUCCUUUUUCGAUCGAAUCGGAAAACGCAUCAUCACCGUCAACUUUAGAAAAAGGCCUUCAAAACCACUCUGGUAUUUCUUUAUCCAACCUAACUUGUUCGAAUAUCAACAACGAAGCUGUAAUUAGGAAUUCCGGUAAACCAAUUCCGCAAGAUAAUUACAUUGGAGCCAAGCAAAAAAUUCUGUUUUGUCAAGAAAUGAUGAACGAGUUGCACAAUAAAGGAGAUUUAACGCACGAGGAAAAUGAGAAACUGAACGCCCUCAUUAUGGAAUACGAAUUUCAAAAGAGGGUUUUGGAAGAAGAGGAGAUGUCGGAAGACGACGAAGCCAAUCGAUCACCCGAUAAAUUAUUCAAUCAAAAUGCGUAUGUUAAACAAUUCUUUAUCCCUGAAAAUGGACAAAAGAUCGAUGAUUUUCCUUAUAAUAAUACAUAUGAAAAUUCGGCGGACAACAAUAUUCAAUUGCCAAAGAUCGAAAACUUAGAUUUAUCCAUUAAUGUCAAAAACAACGAAAGGAAUGAUCACAGUUCCGCCAAUAAAAACACCACCCCUAAUUUUAAACAACCAUCAUCCUUCGAAUACGAUAAUAACAUUAAUUCAGCCAAAAUAUCUGUCAAUCAAUCAAAAACGAAUAUUGAUACUAACCUGAAUAAGCCCAGGCCCCCGGACCGAUCCUUCGCUUCCUUCAAUGCUACCAAUUUUAUCCACGAAAAUUCGAGCCUAGGAAAUGACGAUAAUCUUGCCGGUAAUAUCCAUUUCACCCAAAAAAAUUCGGAAUAUCAACAGGGUUUUAACAACUUAUCUUACACUCCGCUCAUUCAAUAUAACCAUAUGAAGGACACCUUGAAUCAAAACGAAAAUAAUAGCUCUAAUGUGUUGAAGGCGCCGCAAUUUAAACAAACCCCCGUCGUCACCAAUCAUGACAUUUUUAGUAAUUAUACUCGCACUAAAAAUCUUCAGGAUAUCAGUAACUUAUAUAAACCCGACCUGCAAUUAUCAUCGCACCUUUUUAACAGUGAAGGAGAACGAGGCCCAACUCCCAACUCGAACAAUAACAAUUAUACCCCCGGGGUCAUAGGGGCCCAGGAGGUUUACUUAGAUCCCCGAGUUAAACUUCAAAUGAUGAAACAAAAGCAACAACAGUUACAUCACGCCGAUAAGAUGAUAAAUGCACCUUUCAAUGACAACGAAUCUCGCUCGUAUACGAGUGAUCAUUACACUAAAAAGUCUCAUUCCCCUACCAAACAAUACAAUACUUCUCAAUUUAAUAAAGACACGAAUAUAACCAUACCUGGCAACUCUAAUACUAUAUCAAAUGUCAAUCAAAGCGAUAUAAGCGAUCCUUCAAACAUGAUCGAAAACGACAAUAAUAGCCCUGAAAGGAUGAGUUUUCGCGAUAAAAUGAAAAAGUUUGCUCAGGUAUCAGCUUCCAAUAAUCACUUGAUCCCUUCGCCUUAUUAUGGCUGUGAAGUCGAUAAUAACCAACUAUCAGACCCCGCUGACCUCUACCAUAUUAAUCAAAAUGGUAAUAGUCUCUACUCGAAAGAAACUAAUGUUGGACCCCCGCCGAUACAUUUAGUCGAAAAGCUUAGAAUAUCUAAAACUCAGAAAAAGAUCGAAGAUACACUUUUGCAUUUAUCCUAAAAUUCUUAAUAAAUAAUACCUAUAAAAUAAUAUAUUUAAAACACAAACAUUUGUUUCAUCUUUUUUUAAUAAUUUAGUUACAUCGGGAAAAGAAAUUAAGCAAAAUUAUUAUAAUUUUUUUUAGAAAAAUAAUAAAGUUUAAAAAAAUUUUGCAAAUAACAAAAAAACUUUUUAUUUUUUUUAGUAAUAUUCGAUUUAUAGAAUUUAUUUAUAUUAUAUAUGUUUUUUUAUACCCGAAUAUUUUAUAUAUAUAUUAUGAAUAACGCGAUAGCACUUUUAUGAAAGGGAAAAUAUUUUUUUUCUCUCAAAUUUUAUACCAAACUGUUAUAUAUAAAAUAUUUAUGUUUCCAUCCAUUUUUUAAAAAAUAAAUCUCAUUUUUUUUAAAAAAAAACAUUGUAUUAGAUCGUUCCAAUAUCAAAACAUCAUUUACUACUUAUAAAGCUAUUUUUUUAUAAAUGUCUUUCAGAUUCGUAUUUGGUAUUAAUGUUAACAUGCAUUCCUCAAUUUUUAUACAUUUUAUUUUUGGAAUGAAAAGAAAAUAACCAUGAUUUUAUAUCAAUUCUUUUUCAUAUUAUAAUUUGUACAAAAAGCAUUUUUUUAUACUCCACCAUUAUGGAUUCAUAUAAUAAAUAAAUAUUAUUUUUUUUACAAAAUGUUAUUUUUUUUAUAUUUUUAAUAUUUCUACUUUUAUCCGUUUAUCUUUAACUCCGCAAAGGAUUCAUUUAAUUAUAAAUCUGAUUAUAGAUAUUUUAUUAUUAUGAAAUAUUCAACAUGCUUUUUAUAAUUUUUUAUAUUAUAAUAUAUUAAAUAAAUAUAAUUUUGUCGAA